UCGUGCAGCCGCAUCACGGGAGUGGAAACACCUUCAACACGUCCACACUCAACUACACACACUAGAAGAAGAGAGAGAGAGAGGGAGAAAGGGGGCGGUGAAUCGUUUCUCACCCGCAUACUUUCUUUCUAUACGUCCUCUUCUCUCCCUGGAUCUUUAGUUUUUCCUCUAACAUGGCUGCGCUCUCAGCCUGGUUCUGGAACGAGCGCUUCUGGCUUCCGCACAAUGUCACUUGGGCGGAUCUGGCCGACCCCGCGCCCGGGGUGGAGUACCCGAAAGCCGGCCACUUGUUCUCCGCGCUGCCGCUGGCCUUAGGGAUCUUCGCAGUACGGAUCCUUUUCGAGAGGUGUAUCGCUGGUCCAUGUGCCUCCUUCCUUCAGAUCCAGACGGAGUUGAGUCGGAGAGCUCAGCCCAACGCCGUCCUGGAGAAAGUGUUUACAUCUAUCACAAAGUCCCCGGACUCACGACAUUUAGAAGGUCUGUCUAAACAGCUGGACUGGGAUGUGCGGAAGGUCCAGCGAUGGUUCCGGCACCGGCGGAACCAGGACAAACCUAGCACAAGAACCAAGUUUUGCGAGAGCAUGUGGAGGUUUACAUUCUAUCUGUAUAUAUUUACUUACGGGAUCCAUUUCCUGUGGCAGUCUCCCUGGAUGUGGGAUACGAGACAAUGCUGGUACAACUACCCCUAUCAGGUGCUGACCUCAGGCCUGUAUUAUUAUUAUGUAACAGAACUGGCCUUCUACUGGUCACUCAUGUUCUCACAGUUCACUGACAUCAAAAGAAAGGAUUUCCUCAUUAUGUUCAUUCAUCAUCUGGCUACAAUCAGCCUGAUCAGUUUCUCGUAUGUAAAUAACAUGUUGCGUGUGGGAAGUCUGGUCAUGUGUGUUCACGACUCCUCUGACUUCCUGUUGGAGGCUGCAAAGUUGGCAAACUAUGCCAAAUACCAGCGUUUAUGUGACUUCUUGUUUGUGGUGUUCGGGAUACUCUUCUUCUGGACAAGAUUGAUCAUUUACCCCUUCUGGAUCCUGAACACGACACUCUUUGAGAGCUGGGACAUCAUCGGGCCGUACCCGUCCUGGUGGCUCUUCAACAUCUUGCUGCUGGUGCUGCAGGUGCUGCACAUCAUCUGGUCCUACCUCAUCGCCCGCAUCGCCUUCAAAGCCAUCAUGAGAGGAAAGGUGUCCAAAGACGACCGCAGCGACAUUGAGAGCAGCUCAGAUGAAGAAACUGAAACAACCUCCAAAGAGCGACUCAAAACGGCUGCUCGCCGUCAUUUGGCUUCACCGCGAGGAGAAAAUGGCACCAACGGCCAUUUUGGCUCCAAAUCCUGGAGCCAGAACCACAGCGACUGGUGACACUCCUUCCAUGUGGCCUUAUUCACAAAGAACUCGUGUCCUAGACAUAUCGCAACGGGACUGUUUCUCAUCCCUGUACCUCACUCCAAUACCAAAAACAAAAAAACACCAACAAAACCAUCCUGUUGUGGGACUUUUUCAGACUGGAUGACAGAGUUUGGGAUGUUAUUCCAGUGAUGACGGGACAGUAAUGACAAUAUGGCCACUAUAAGAAGCUUGUGAAAGAGAAAAUGAUUAAAUUAGUCAUAUCUGCAUUCCCUCGUUUCCUUGUUUCGGGAGCUGUGAAGACGUUUCUUCUCCGCGCUUCGCGUUUUACUGAAGUCAGGGAAGAACAUUGUCUUUAGAUUUUAAUGGUCAGAUGUACUUGAGUUUCCAUAUACAGUUGCUUUUCUUUUUUCGUUGUUUGUUUUGGUUACUGAUGUGUUCGUAAUUUGUUUCCUGUGCUGUUUUUCAUUUGGCUUUUUUUAUUUUUGGAAACCAAAUAAGGUUAUUAAAAUGAAAGCUGGGUCUUUUGUCCUGUAAUGAGAUGCUUUUCAUAGGUGAGUUUUUCACCUUCCAUUGAUGAUCAGGGUAGAUUAAAUGAAAUAAAUAUAUCAGUCAACCUAGAAAUGUUAGAGAACUUUAAAAGUGUGAUUUCAAGGCUUUAAUUUAAUUUUUAAAAAGUACAUUUAUAUAGUACAAUAGUUCUCAACUGGAGGAAAUGUUUAUCAUCACAAAAAGCAUGAAGAAAAAAAAAUGUUGUCCAAAAUAAUAUCUACUGUAUGUUCUGAAGCAAACUCAAUUGAGAAUGAUAUGAUAUGGUAAAUAUAACUGUUUUUGUA